CAAAAAAAACUAUUUGACGUUUUAAAGAAGUUUUUGGACCAAACCAAUCUUACUACCAAGUUCAUAAUUGAACUCAAAAUUAAUGUUAGCAAAUAGUAAAUGUUUCGCCUUGUCCAACGCAGCUCCAAUACCAAGCCUCUAUGUUAUUUUUCCACCAUUGCAACUUUCCAUACCCAUUUCUCAACCUUAGAAGAAAACCUUUGCUCCAAAUUCUUAACUUCAUGCGCCCAAACCUCAAACUUACUUGAUGGAAAAGCAAUCCAUGCAAAAUUCAUCAAAGGCUCAAUCCCACAUUCCCUUUAUCUCCAAAACCAUAUCCUCAACAUGUACAUGAAAUGCGGAGACCUCUUCAACGGCCACAAGCUGUUCGAUGAAAUGCCUCAACGCAAUGUCGUUUCAUGGUCAGCCAUGGUUUCUGGCUUUACCCAACAUGGGUUUUUCAAUCAAGCUCUCUCUUUGUUUGUUUACAUGCUAAAGGAUGGAACUUCAAAGCCUAAUGAGUUCACAUUUGUUGGUGUUCUUCAAGCUUGUUCUUUGCACGAAAAUUUAGCUUUAGCUUACCAAGUUUACGCUGUCGUUCUACGUUUGGGGUUUGGGUCAAACGUGUUUUUAGUCAAUGCUUUUUUGACAGCUUUGAUGAGACAUGGGAAAAGAGAGGAAGCUUUGGAGGUUUUUGAGAAGUGUUUAAAUAAAGAUAUUGUGACUUGGAAUGUUAUGUUAAAUGGUUACUUGGAAAGUUCUUGUUUGGGUUUGCCUAAGUUUUGGGUUCAAAUGAAUAAUGGAGUGAAACCUGAUUGCUUUAGUUUUGCAAGUGUUUUAACUGGGUUGGCUUCUUUUGGUGAUUUAAACAUGGGUUUACAAGUGCAUGGCCAACUUGUUAAGUCUGGUCAUGGUAGUGAAAUAUGUGUUGGGAACUCUUUGGUUGAUAUGUAUUUAAAGAAUCAAAGGCUUUUUGAUGGUUUGAAAGCUUUCAAUGAAAUGGGUGAAAAAGAUGUCUGUUCUUGGACACAAAUGGCGGCUGGAUGGUUAGAGUAUGGGGAGCCUGCAAAGGCAUUGGAAGUUAUUGGAGAAAUGAGGAUGAUGAGCGUAAAACCCAAUAAGUUUACUCUUGCCACUUUUUUCAAUGCUUGUGCUAAUUUGGCUCUGCUGGAAGAAGGGAAGAAAGCUCAUGGGUUAAGAAUCAAACUUGGAGUUGAGAUUGAUGUUUGUGUGGAUAAUGCAUUGAUUGAUAUGUAUGCAAAAUGCGGUUCCAUGGAUGGUGCAUGGGGCGUUUUUAAGGCAAUGGAUGAUCGUUCUAUUGUUUCAUGGACGACAAUGAUAAUGGGGUGUGCCCAAAAUGGUCAAGCUAGAGAAGCUCUUAAGAUUUUUGAUGAGAUGAUUGUUAAGGGUAUAAAACCGAAUUAUAUUACCUUUGUUUGUGUGCUUUAUGCAUGUAGCCAAGGAAUGUUUACCGAUGAAGCGUGGAAAUAUUUCUCAUCCAUGACCGUUGACCAUGGAAUCUCCCCUGGUGAAGAUCAUUAUGUAUAUAUGGUACAUAUACUUGGCCGUGCUGGACAUAUUAAAGAAGCUGAAGAAUUAAUCUUGUCAAUGCCGUUUCAGCCAGGUGCACCAGUUUGGCAAACUUUGCUUAGUGCUUGUCAAAUUCAAGGGGAUAUUGAAACUGGGAAGCGGGCAGCAGAGCAUGCAAUAAAUCUAGACAGGAAAGAUCCUUCAAGUUAUGUGUUGUUAUCAAACAUGUUUGCUGGAUUCAACAACUGGGAUGAUGUGGGAAAGUUGAGAGAACUAAUGGAGACUAGGGAUGUAAAGAAAGUACCUGGAUCCAGUUGGAUCAAAAUAGAAAAGGACUGCUUAGUACCUCCGGCACCCUAGUAUUUACUUUCUUGAAGUCUGAUUAUUUGAGUUUUUAUUCUAUAGAUAGAUGAAGUACUUUAAAUUAUGGAAUCUAAAACCAGAGAGGCUCACCAAAUAACUGGUGCAAAAGGAAAAAAGUUUUGUAGAAGAAAAAAAAAAUAAAAUCUUGCAUUGCAUUUUUUGGUGAAGCAAUCUUUUCGUGAGGAUGAUGAAAUUCGUGGUCAAUUUCAUGCUCGUAGCAGCAGCUCGAUUUGGAAAUGGUUUUACGGCUUAUUAACGCCAUCAACCAAACCCGACGUGGUAUAUUCUAAGUUUCUUAUUGGCUAUCCCCACGAGUAUCAGUUUUGCUAACAUACGCCACAGCACUCAUUCCCCCCUCCUCUCUCACUAUCUACUAGCCAGCCUACAUCAGCUAAACGAUCACAUCAUUUUCCGAUAAAAAUUAUAAAAAAAAAAGGAAAAAAAAAGGCGUGGCGGUUCGUGCGACGGUGUCACGAUUCCCGAUUAACUCCGACGCCCAAGAAGAUUCCGGCGUUCCAUGGGGAUUAACCGUAACGCCAUUCGCGGCCAAAGAUGAGAACGGUCAAGCGCCGGUCUAUGGAUCGGACGGGCAUCUUUUACCUCGAUGCGAGAAUUGCUACGCUUACUUCAACACCUAUUGCGACCUCGACCAAUGGGCCUGGAAUUGCUCUCUUUGCGGCACACUCAACGGCCUCUCUUCUUAAUCCAUCGCCAGAUACUCUUAUCCUCAGUAAUGUGCCGAAAUGAUGUCGUUGUUUAUCGAUCUCGAGUUGCCUUGCAACUGUAAUUUGGUUGGUGAGAAAAAUGAGGAGGAGAGUGAGGGAUAAUGAAAAUUUUCCUUUUUAUAUACCAAAUCAUUUUGUUUUUCUUAUUUCUAUGUAGUGGAAGGAUCGGAGGAGGAAACGUUGCAUGCUCGUUCGGUGUAUGUUGCGGCUAUUGAUUUGUCAUGUUAGAUCCUCGUUUACUUAGAUUUUUAUUUUGUUGUUAUUAAUUUCCUUGAGUUGGAUAAUCUUCAAUGAUUAAAAUACUUACAGAAUUUUAAGUAUUGGAUGUACACUAUUAUACAGUUAAGACCAAUUUAGGAGGGGAAAAGUACUAGAUUUUAUUAGAUACUGGCAAAGUACAUUGAAUGUAAUGGGUUAUAGGGACAAAGUGUUGAGGCACCUUUAGACUCUUGGAUAUACUCAUGUUUCUGUGUAUCAUGCCCUUUUUUUUUUUUCUUAUUCUAGCUCUUGACCCUCAUACUUCACAUGUGGAGUUCAUGCAUGUAUGAUAGUAAAUAUGAAUAUGGCCAUAUGGGGAUGCCGAGUAGUUGUUGGCAGUUAAUUUUGUUGAAGAUUGCAUUUUGCUAAUCAGUUUUAUUUUACGUUUGAUGUGGGAGAAAAAUAUGUGUUUAUGUUGCUCAUAGUAAGAUGUUCUGAAAAAAAAAAAAAAGUACCGAGUUAAUA